GCCACUGGAAGGAGGGUGGCCCCGCUGCUGACUGCCUCUCAUCCCUGGCCCUCCCCCCCCCCUUCUCCGUCUGACCACGCUGGCCUCUACUUAAACAAGCCACUCUCCCGCAUCCAGUCCACCCUCCUCAGCCCAACCCCAGAAGAACAUCUGUCCUCUACCUUCGCUGAGUCAUUCUCUCCUCUUGUCUCGAUCCAUUUCCAGAGGCGGAUUGACGGUGCCCGACCGUGAUGACAGCGUGGCCUUGAACCAGGCAACAGAGAAGCAUACAUCCUCUUCACCUCAACGCCCGCUCUCUACACCAUCAUCACUUGACGGCACCGGCUAUCUGCUUGAUAUUAACACAUCAUAUUCUAUUAUAUCCUCCCAAACACACAUACACACAUCAUGGCAGAGACGACGUCACUCCGUGACUUGGAGUCUAUUUCACCAUCCCCGGAACCCGAGAUGCCUUUGACUGUUUCUCCUUCAGAUACGUCAUUGGAAUCCCCGGGCCCGGUGGACGAGGACAUGAAGGAUGACGAGAAGAAGCCCGCGAAGAAGAGAAAGUCCUGGGGUCAGGAACUACCAGUACCCAAGACCAACCUUCCUCCAAGGAAACGAGCCAAGACCGAAGAUGAAAAAGAGCAGCGCCGUAUUGAGCGUGUUCUUCGGAAUCGUGCGGCCGCUCAAACGUCCCGCGAGCGUAAGCGCCUAGAGAUGGAGAAGCUGGAAACCGAGAAGAUCCGCAUGGAGCAACAAAAUCAGUUCCUCCUGCAGCGCCUCUCGCAGAUGGAAGCCGAGAACAACCGCCUGUCCCAACAGGUCGCUCAGCUCUCUGCCGAGGUGCGCGGCUCUCGUAGCAGCACUCCCGUCAAGGCCGGCUCUCCGGUUCCCAACUCCGCCACGACCACCACCUCCCCUACUCUCACCCCUACCCUCUUCAAACAAGAAGGCGAAGAGCUCCAAAUGGAGCGUAUUCCUUUCCCGACCCCUUCCACCAUCACCCUCGACUACUCCCCAACCCUCAAGCCCUCCACUCUGGCUGAGGCCACCACCGACGUGACACAACAUCCUGCCGCGAUGUUGUGCCCAUCAGACCUGCAGUGUCCGUCGGCGGCCUCGAAGGAGCAGGCGCUCUCCCCCUCUUCGACCUCGAGCUUCCAGCUCACUCUAGCAACGACGUUGCAGCUCCUCUUUCUGACGAUGACUUCCGUCGCCUCUUCCACAGUGACAUCCCCACUACUCCGCAUCCUUCAUUCCCUGAAGACGGGUUCGCCUUUGGCACUCUCGACGGCGGAGAUCUAUCAGCAUUUCCCUUUGAUUCAUUGGUUGAUUUCGACCCCGAGUCUGUCGCCCUCGACGGCGACCGGCCCGUCCUUUCGGAUGAGACUGCUCACCCGACUGCUAGCAUGCAGCCCAGCCUUGGCGCGUCCACUUCGCGAUGCGACGGGCAAAGCAUUGCAGCUAGCGGUUAGGGAGCAGAUGAUCAGCCCGCGAGAGACGGUGUCGGCCACGUCCGAGGGUCGGCAGAAUUGGAUGUCCUUGUUGACCAUGGCCUGGGCAAUCGAUAGUAUCACCAGCCAGUCGCGACGACGCGGGCGAACCACUGGAGCAGUUUCAUCAUUAUCAUUAUCAUCACUGUCGACCGUGAAGGGGGCCGGGAUUGGCAAAAUGCAAUCUCGGGUCUCUUCAUUUGAGCGACGACGCAGUUACGGAAAGAUGGGUCAAACUCAUCAACAACAUCAACGGAGUACACGGAGUUCCUGGAGUUCUUCAACUGACAUGGGCGAGACAAAGUCGUCGGUGCUUUUGGGUAAGCAACUAUGAAACAUAGUUUGCUGGUUAGGGGGGAUUCUUCACGGGAGAACCUUGGGGAUAAGGAAUCCUCUUAUUUUGGCUGUAUACUAUCACCUUUUUUUUAUUCCAUCAUCCAGCUUCAAAAGAAAUUGACUGGCUCAGCUGUAAAGCAAUCAUGACAUG